UGUUAUUGUAACGUUAACUAGUUGUUUAGUUGUAUUAAAUUGGAAAUACAACAUUCAAAGAACAGUGCCGAUUUUCCUCCUCGAAAUCCAGUGACUAUCCCACGCUAAAGUAAACCAGUGAUUUCCUACGGACUGGUGUCCCCAUAUUCACCGAAUCACCACACCAUCCGAAACAUUUGGUCCUUCGAGCCGGAUCCUGGAAUCGAGGAAAAUAACUAUUAAUAUUAAUAGCCAUGAACAACUUGGAGGAAUUAAUCCAAAAACAAAGCCAAACGUUGGGCACCAUCGACCGCGCGCUCUCCAAUUUUAAAAAGCUCGGGCAGGCCAAGAAGACUGCAGCCACUACACAAAACCGCAUGGCGUUGCUAAAGGAGGCAUAUCAAUUAAGCCAAGAUCUAGAUGCCAAAAUCGCAGCUUGCACCGACCCGAAAUCAAGAGCCAGCAUUCCGUAUUUCGCCGAAAAUCAGUUCGAGAAGGCCGAAGAACGCUACCAGGAGACCCUUGAUUCGAUGGCAGAAGUCCUCGCCAAGGCUGCACCUCCACCUGAAUCCUCAUCGAACAACGGGAAUUCUUCGAACACGAUGACGUCACAGCCAACGGUUCACCUCCCGAGAAUACAAUUGCCGACCUUCGAAGGAGCAUUUGAAGAGUGGGAGAGUUUCCGCGACCGCUUCACGGCCAUGGUAAUAAAUAACAACUCUUUGUCUAACGUGGAGCGUCUUCAUUUUUUGUAUUCCUCGCUAACAGGCGAAGCGAGUCGGGCCGUAGCGCAUCUACCUGUAACCGAAAACAAUUUUGACAUCGCGUGGAAGACAAUAACAUCGCGACACGUGGAAUGA